CACUAAAAAGAGCCUGAAUUCCCAUCACUACUAAAGACCAGUGUGAAGAAGACUCUUUUUUAAAGUUGUCUGUUGGAGCUGUGAACACGUGUUGGUGUUGAAUGGGACCAAAGCGAUGUGAAUACCGAUAUUGUUUUGCUUUUAGCAGCGACCAAGUAUGAACAGGAAACGGGCUCUGAUUUCAGACACUUUCAAGGUGAAGAAAAUAAGAAAAGACACACAGAAGUUUGGAGCUGUCAGUAAUGGAGAUGGACCGACUGACAUCAGAUCCACCCUCGAGUACCUCAUGACACUGUUCCCCAGGAAGCUCUUCAAUGACGCCUUACCUCAGAUUGUUCUUCAGCACCAACUCUACAGCAUACACAAUGACAAGACUUUGGUGGACAAGGAGCUGAAUAAACUGCGGGAACAAGGAGAACUGCUGAUGUUCCAGCUGGGGUUUGAUGCGGACGCUUUCGGGCUGGUUUUUGCUACAGAUUACAAGGCCAAAGUGCUGGCAGCAGAGGAAGGCAGAGCGACACUAGCGUCAGUGGAGAAGUUUUUGGAGAAAUUGUCGUCUCCUUGCAAAGAGCUGAGCUUCAGCAAAGACAAGAUGCUCAAGGAGUUCCUCUUCACAGACUCUGAGAUAACGCAGCUGGUUAAGUCGGGGGUCCUGACUGUGAGGGACGCUGGCAGCUGGUGGCUUUCCAUUCCCAACUCAGGCAAAUUCACCAAGUACUUUAUACAAGGUCGUAAAGCCGUGCUCGGCAUGGUGAAGAAGGCCAAAUAUAGCGAAGUCUUAAAGGCAGAGCUCGAGGAACGGCGAACAACGUCACACGUGAAAUUCCACAUGAAAUACCACAUCCAUGACAUUGUUGGUGCAGAGCUGGUGGAGAGCAUACCUACGACGUCAGGAACCUUGUUACGAUUUGUUGAGUCCUGAACCACAGACUGAAAUUGGUGCUUGGUCGAAGCUUGAAUAUCAGAAGAUCUACAAAGAUUGUAAAGUGUUUGUAUUAUCAUUUAGUAAAUUAAUUUAACAUUUCAGAGUUUAAUUCUCCGGUUGAAGAUGGAUGGAUGGAUGGAGAGUUUGAUUCUAUGCCAAAUGUAUUAUAAAAACCUUGUGGGUUUAUGAAUUGUCAAUUAUGUUGACAUGACCUUGUCAGGUUUAGAUUUAUCUUGUAAUAAAAAGUAUUUUCUUCCCCCCAUA